UCACAGCGACCUAGCUAAGCUAAGCUUCAUCAAUCGAUCACACUGCAGCUGAGCCAUGGUUCGGAAGCUUGUUGCGUCUCUCUUCCUCGGCGGCGGCGGCGGCGGCAACGACGCCUGCAGCCUGUCGUCGUCGUCCAGCACCGCGUCGUCGUGGCAAUGGCCGUCCUGCACGCAGGCGAGAACGCUGUCCUUCGCGGCGAGGCAAGACGCCCCAGUCACGGCAGACGACAGCAAGCGGUUGCAGGAGGAGGCAGACUACUACAGGACCAGCGUCAUCAACCCGGCCUACUUCCUCGACGACCACUCCACGUGCCGCUCCAACUCCUCCGCCUCCGCCGUCAACAUGUCCGACAGCCUGCGUUCCACCUCGGAGCCAGCGGCUGUGAACGUCAACGACGACGACGACGACGAGGAGGUGAUCAUCCGCGGCCUCCGGUCGUCGAACCGACGACUCUUCUUCGAGCCCGACUCGACGAGCUCAAUCGUCGUCAAGGGCCGUCCCGCCGCCGCUGCCGCUGCCGCCGCGUUCGACGGGGCGACGGCGAUGUCCAUCGACUCGGCCGACCCGUACGGCGACUUCCGGCGGUCGAUGGAGGAGAUGGUGAUGAGCCACAUGAACGGCGGCGCCCAUGACUGGGGCUGGCUGGAGGAGAUGCUCGGCUGGUACCUCCGGGCCAACGGCAAGAAGACCCAUGGCCUCAUCGUCGGAGCAUUCGUCGACUUGGUCGUGGCGCUGGCGUCUCCUCCUUCCUCCGCCGCCGCCUGCUCUUCCUCCUCCGCCUUCCUGCCUCUCCAGGCCGCCGUCAAGAAAGGCAGCCAGAUUAAUUAAUUAAUUAACUAAUAAUUAAGCUAUCUAGCUAGCUCAUCCAUGAGAUGAGCUUUCUGAUGCUUAAUUAAUAAUCACUACUACUAGCUAGCUAGGUACCAGCGAAAUUAAGCGAGUUUGAUUGAUUGAUCGAUCGAUCUUGGUGAGGUAGCAUGGACGAAUGCAUGUAUUGCGCCAUGGUAUGAUUGACUAGUGUGCGUUGAUUGAUUGGGUUGGAGUGAUGCGUCGAUGUGUAUUGCCAGAUUUUUCGUCCUCACCUGUCAAAUGUCAAUAUGUACAAAGUACUCUAUUCAGUCUUAUCUGUGUCGUUACCCGUCGUUCUCUCUAUCGUGCAUCCAUCCUCUUACUAGUUACUACUAUGUGCGUUGUACGUACCAACAACUUACAUAUUACUACGCUCUAAAAUUAAUUU